GCUUAGAUCAGUUCUCAACACUGUUUCGAAUGUGUCAUUAUAAUUUCGUCAACUUCAGCAAUACGAAAAGUGCUUAAUUAUUUGCAUUAUUUUAACAACUCACCUACGACGUAGAGCUUUUGGCAAAAGCUGCAAUAAUCAAAGCUAAAGCUGUGCAUGCGUGCAUAUUGAAAACAACAGUUAAUACCAAACGUAGCCACAAACGGUGCAGCAAACAAUUUCACAACUCGAUUAACACCCUCGGAAAAGGCGGCGCUGUCGACGUCAGACGCAGUCAGUCUCAAGGCCAAGGAAGUCGCAAAGCAAAUUCAAUUGCAAUUAAACAUGAAAUUUGUGUCACCACAAAGCAACGACCAACAUUUUUAUAAUCAGAAGCACCAACAGCAGCAGCAGCAGCAUAUAAAUAUAAAACGCGCGUUUAAAUCUACAACAUUCAGUUCAGUAAAAGUUCUCAACAUUUCCAAACGCGUGUUGUGCAACAAAAUUCAACAGCAGGCGCAGCAACAAAGACAAUAUUGGAAACAUAAAAGCUUUUGCAUAGCUGCAUCUUGAUUAAAAGUUUUGGAAUUUAAGCAAAGCAAAUAAAAGCAAAAGAACUCCCUUUAUCAAAUCGCAGAAAAUUCUAACCUAAAUUCCUGAACGCCCAACGCAUAGAAAAUCAAUAAAAGCAGAGAACACGUGCAAGUGCCGCCAAUAGUUGCCGCCAAACGCGUGUGUGUAGACUUUUUUGUGUAGACUCUCUCAAUCUCGCUCGCGCGUUAAAAGGACACUGUCCAUCGCGGCUCGUGUUUGGUGAGUAGAACAACGAUCGUAGUAAAGAAGAGCCAAAGCAAAACCAAACACAAAAUUCGUGGUUAUAUCGAACAAAGCAACAGCAACAACAGCAUCAAUAUGUCGCGACGCAAUAAGAAAGCAGCAGGCAAAGCCCGCGCCAACGACUCGAACUCAGAGGACGAGUCCUUUGACAAUGUAAGCGUUUAUUCGCACGUCUCGGAGGCUGCCUCUUCAGAGGCUGCAGAGGACCUAGCCAAUGAACGCUUCGAGGAAAAAUUCGAAAAGGCCCUUGAGCAGGCUACUGAGAAAUCGGCACAGACACGCAUUCAAGCCCUGCAGUCCAUCUGCGAGCUGCUUAUGCAUCGUUAUAUGCCCGAUUUUGUUGAGGAUCGCAAAAUGACGCUUAUGGACUUUGUGGAGAAGAGCGUGCGCAGGGGCAAGGGCCAGGAGCAGGUGUGGGGCGCACGUUUGGCCCCGCUCCUGGUGCUGCAAUUGGGCGGCGAGGAGGGCAUGUCGAAGGCGAUGAAUCAGUUCCUUUUGACAACCGUACAGGACAAGUCUGUUAAUUAUGAUGCACGUGCCAAGUGCUGCACAGCCUUGGGUCUGCUCAACUUUUUGGACUGCGAGGAUAUCGGCGAACUGGUCCAGUUGAUGCAGUUCUUCGAGUCCAUCUUUGCCGGCAGCUACUUGCGCGGCGACGAUAAGACACCAGUUUCUGUCACUGCCGAAGCAGGCACUCUACAUGCCGAGGCUCUGUCUGCAUGGGGCUUGCUGUUGACACUCGUGCCCUCUGGCGAUUUUGUUUCCUUGAUGACCACCGGACAGCAUAAAUUUCCCUCUAUCAAAAAGUUUUUGGGUCUACUGCAAUCACCGCAUCUGGAUGUUCGAAUGGCUGCUGGCGAGACCAUAGCUUUGAUUCUGGAAUCGGGUCGUGCACAUGAUGAGAACUUCCUGGAGGACGACAUCGGCGAGCUAUGCGACGCUGUCAAACAACUUGCCACCGAUUCGCACAAAUAUCGUGCUAAGCGUGAUCGCAAGGCUCAGCGUGCCACCUUCCGAGAUGUGCUGCGCUAUUUGGAGGAGGAUAUUUCACCUGAGAUCAAUAUACGCUUCGGACAUGAUGCUCUCACCUUAGAUGCUUGGUCCAUACAUCAUCAGUACUCAUCCCUGUGCGCCGUUAUGGGUCCUGGCAUGACCUCUCAGCUGCAGGAGAACGAAUUCAUACGCGAUAUUUUCCAACUGGGCCCGCGUCCCAAUAAUGUGGGCAUCAAUGGCAAUGCCAAAGUCAAGCAGUCCAAGCUGGAGCGUCAUCUGGUGAAUGCCGCAGCAUUCAAGGCACGUUCCAUAACGCGUGGAAAAAACCGUGACAAGCGCUCGGCUGUCGUUCAAUGAGCACAUCCUACGCUGCCCAGUCUCCAGCAACUCAUCUAGCAACAUAUAUCUAUAAAAAUAUAGGCACAAGCACUCAUCAUUAGCCGACCCAGGACUCUCGCCUCCCAUUAGUUGAAUUGUUUCACGUAGUUGAUAAGACGGCUUAGCAUACUAACAAACAAAGCAUCAGUCGCUUCAAAUUAUGCCAAUUACGGCCAAGUUAUAUUUCGUGACUAAAUUCAUAUAGUUGUUGGCAAUCAACAGAAUAAAAGAUAUUUAGCUUAUAGAUUUUAGUUCAUUUACCAUAAAUAGUGC